GCCGUUUACUUCCGGUUUCCUGUGCGUUGUCGCUACCUUGAUAUUAGCGGCAGCCAUGUCUAUGUCACAUCUCUACGGCAAGGAUGACGACAGCGAUGGCGUGGAGAUGGAGAACUUUGAGAUCACGGACUGGGACCUACAAAAUGAAUUCAACCCCAACCGCAGGCGACACUUCCAAACCAAAGAGGAGGCCACCUAUGGCGUGUGGGCAGAGAGGGACUCCGAUGACGAGAGGCCAAGCUUUGGCGGAAAGAGGUCCCGAGACUAUUCUGCCCCUGUUAAUUUCAUAAGCGCCGGAAUCCGCAAGCCAGCAGCCGAGGAGAAAUCUAAUAGCGAUUCUGAGGAUGAAGCCCCAACAAGGAGAGAUGAAUUCCCAAAGGAGUUCGAGACAAAGAAACUGAAAACGGGUGGUAAUUUUAAACCCGGGCAGAAGGUCUUUGCCGGUGGGAUAAAAUCCAACACAGAUUUUGGUUCUUGGGAGCGACACACCAAGGGAAUUGGUCAGAAGCUUCUCCAGAAGAUGGGAUACACACCUGGGACAGGAUUGGGGAAGAAUGCUCAAGGUAUUGUCGCCCCCAUUGUGGCCAAACAGAGGAAAGGUAAAGGAGCGGUCGGUGCGUAUGGCUCAGAAAGGACAAAACAGUCUUUGCAGGACUUCCCCGUGGUGGACUCUGAGGAGGAAGAAGAGAAGGAAUUUCGAAAGGAGCUGAGUCAAUGGAGAAAGGACCCAAGCGGGGGAAAGAAGAAGCCAAAGUAUGCCUACAAAACAGUAGAGGAGCUUAAGGCCAAGGGCAGAGGCACCAAACCGUUAUCUGCGCCUCAGAAGGAAAUAUCCCAAGUCAAGGUGAUUGAUAUGACAGGUCGAGAACAGAAGGUGUAUUACAGCUACAGUCAGAUGUCCCACAAGCAUAAUAUCCCAGGUGACGCUUCUGCCCCUGGAAAGGAGGAGAAGCCACAAGGAUUUGUUCUGCCAGAACUGGAGCACAACCUGCAGCUCCUGAUCGAUAUGACCGAGCAAGAGAUUAUCCAGAACGACCGACAGCUACAGUAUGAAAGGGACAUGGUGGUCAACCUUUCUCAUGAGAUGGAUAAACUGUCAGAGGUCCUUAAAAGAGAAGAGAAGGCAAUCAACAACCUGAGCCAGGUGCUGCAGACAGUAGAAGAGUGCGAACAAAGGAUGCAGCCAAACUGCGACAAUCCUCUGACCCUGGAUGAGUGUGCCCGUGUCUUCGAGAUGCUACAGAACAAGUACUACGAGGAGUAUAAGAUGUCAGGGAAGGGAGACCUAGCGGUGGCCAUCGUCUAUCCUCUAAUGAAAGAGUAUUUCAGAGACUGGAACCCAUUGAAGGACCCUACAUAUGGAAUUGAUGUCAUCCUUAAGUGGAAGGACCUACUAGAGGAAGGUCACCUUUCUCACAGCGCACAAGAUGCAACCUUGGAUCCUUAUCACAGACUUCUGUGGGAAAUGUGGAUUCCCUUCCUGAGAAACAUCAUUUGCCAGUGGCAGCCGAGGAACUGCGCUCCUAUGGUAGACUUCUUGGACAGCUGGAUUCACCUGCUGCCAGUUUGGAUUCUGGAUAAUAUAUUGGAUCAACUAGUUUUCCCCAAAUUGCAGAGAGAGGUUGAGAAUUGGAACCCUCUAACGGACACUGUUCCUAUUCACUCUUGGAUUCACCCGUGGUUACCCCUGAUGCAGUCCCGGUUAGAACCCCUCUAUUCUCCAAUCAGGAACAAACUUGCCAGUGCUCUUCAGAAAUGGCACCCGAGUGACUCGUCCGCUAAGCUGAUCCUUCAGCCUUGGAAAGACGUCUUCACCCCAGGUUCAUGGGAGGCCUUCAUGGUGAAGAACAUUGUUCCUAAGCUGGGCCUGUGUCUUGGAGAGUUUGUUAUUAACCCUCACCAGCAACACAUGGAUGUCUUUCAUUGGGUGAUGGAUUGGGAGGGGAUGGUCUCGCUGUCCAAUCUGGUGGGACUUCUGGAGAAGUAUUUCUUUCCUAAGUGGUUGCAGGUCUUGUGUUCCUGGCUUGGUCACAACCCUAACUAUGAAGAGGUCACCAAGUGGUAUUUGGGUUGGAAAACCAUGUUCUCUGACCAGUUACUGGCCCAUCCGGCCAUUAAGGAUAAGUUUAACGAAGCUCUUGACAUCAUGAACCGUGUUGUAUCCUCAAAUGUCGGUGCAUACAUGCAGCCUGGCGCCCGGGAAAGCAUUGCUUACUUGACGCAGACAGAAAGGAGGAAGGAUUUCCAAUACGAGGCAAUGCAGGAGCGGCGUGAUGCGGAGAGCAUAGCGCAGAGGGGCAUCGGAGCGGCGGCAGCCGUGCCCAUGAACUUCAAAGACCUGAUCCAAUCAAAGGCAGAGGAACAUAAUAUCGUGUUUAUGCCUCUGAUCGGCAAGCGGCACGAGGGGAAACAGUUGUACAACUUCAACCGCAUUGUCAUCUACAUUGACAGAGGUGUUGUGUUUGUACAGGGAGAGAAAACCUGGGUACCAACAUCCCUGCAGAGCCUCAUAGAUAUGGCUAAAUAGAAGACCAUCCUUUGGAUCGAUUCCCCGCGAUCCCAGAAACUGUACGUAGGUGCAAUUCAUCCUUUGGUACAAUGGACUACGGUGAAGGAGUCUUAUUUAUUAAGACACUUGCUUUGUUUUACCGUCCGCCACCAGAAAAAAAGAAACUAAAACUGAAUUCAACUUCCAUGUGUUUUUUAUAUGAAAAUCCAUUUGAUGGAUAUCCUGCUCUCCUUCAUCCUGGACGGCACUACUCUUUAUCCUGAUAAUAUUUAAUACAGUUUUUUUUUCCCUCUGAACUUUUUUUAUUUGUACAAAUUAAAUACGUAACUUGUUA